CUCUCCCAUCAGCUCGUUCCAAGGAAUCAGAUCAUCCCCUCUCCGUCCAAUAAGCAUUUGACCUGCGUUCUCUUUCCCGAGUUGCACCAGACUCUCCACAACCCAACCUAUCACAAAACCCAUCGACUAGCACCCGUCGUCAUCGGUCAACCUAAGCCAAACAUAACCUCUUCCAACAACAUCAUCAACCAUUCAAUUGACACCACGCUUAUCCUCCCAACGACAAACCAAACUUCUUUAUAGAUCCUUGAAAAUGAUGCGCAUCGCUGCCACCAAGGCCGUCGCCCGUCCUUUGACUCUCGCCUCUCGAGCUACUUUCAGCACCACCCCCCGCGCCAUGGGCGAGGGCGACACUGGAGCUCCCUCCAAGUAUGGAGGCGGCGACGCUUUCCAGAAGCGCGAGAAGGCAAGCGAGGACUACGCUAUCCGCCUGCGCGAGAAGGAGAAGCUCCUUGAGCUCAAGAAGAAGCUCAGCGAGCAGCAGGCCCACCUCCAGCAGCUGUCCGACCACAUCGACGAGAUCACCAAAAACCAGGGCGGCGAGCACAACUAAAUCUGAACAAAACAUGCAUUCGCAAUAAUACCAAAUGGCGAGCGAGGGAGCCGUGUACGCUGAACGGACGGAGGGGAAGAUUGAUAUCCGCAAUAGCCGGCGCAUGUAGCAGAUCGUGAAUGACGCGAGCGCAAUUUUACCGAAAAUUAAAAUCAGGAUUGCCAACCAACACUUGGUAUUCGCC